UCCAGGCUGCGGCGCGGGCGGCUCCCGCCAUGGCUGCGCUGCGGAGGCUCCUGCGGCCGCCGCCUCGGCUGCCGCCCCCGCUGUCGGCUCACCAGCCCUUCCUAGGGCCGUGGGGGCGGCCUGCGGGGACAGCCCCGGGCCUUCCUGGGCGGCCCUUCUCCUGCCGCGAGGAUGAGGAGGGAGCCGUGGCCGAGGCGGCUUGGAGGCGGCGGCGGCGCUGGGGGGAGCUGAGCGUCGCGGCGGCGGCCGGCGGGGGUCUCGUCGGCCUCGUGUGCUACCAGCUGUACGCGGAGCCCAGGACCGGCGCGCCUGCGCCCGGACGUCCCUCGGAGAGCGCGGCCGCAGGGCCCGAGGACCCCCCGCGCGGCCGGGCGCUGCUUCCCAUCCCGGUCGCGGCUGCCAAGGAGACCGUUGCUAUUGGCAGAACAGACAACGAAGACUUAGACCUCUAUGCUACAUCUCGGGAGAGGCGAUUUCGUUUAUUUGCUUCCAUAGAAUGUGAAGGGCAGUUAUUCAUGACUCCAUAUGAUUUUAUUUUGGCUGUUACAACAGAUGAGCCCAAAUUUGUUAAAACAUGGAAGUCGCUUUCCAAACAGGAAUUGAAUCAGAUGCUCUCAGAAACACCACCAGUUUGGAAAGGAUCAUCAAAAUUAUUUCGAAACCUUAAAGAAAGAGGUGUGAUUUCUUACACAGAAUAUCUUUUUCUUUUAUGUAUUUUAACAAAGCCACAUGCAGGUUUUAGAAUAGCUUUCAACAUGUUUGACACUGAUGGCAAUGAGAUGGUGGAUAAAAAAGAGUUUUUGGUGCUUCAAGAGAUAUUCAGGAAAAAAAAUGAAAAGAGAGAAACUAAAGGAGAUGAAGAAAAGCGUGCAUUGCUGCGUCUUCAACUUUAUGGAUACCAUUCUCCUACUAAUAGUGUACUUAAAACAGAUGCUGAGGAACUUGUCUCCAGAAGCUAUUGGGAUACACUGAGACGUAACACGAGCCAAGCACUCUUUUCAGACCUCGCAGAGCGUGCUGAUGACAUCACAAGUUUAGUAACUGAUACUACACUUCUUGUACACUUUUUUGGAAAGAAAGGAAAAGCUGAGCUCAACUUUGAAGAUUUUUAUAAAUUUAUGGAUAACCUCCAAACAGAAGUUCUAGAAAUAGAAUUCCUUUCCUAUUCUAAUGGAAUGAAUACUAUCAGUGAAGAAGAUUUUGCUCAUAUUCUUUUACGAUAUACAAAUGUGGAAAAUACAUCAGUAUUUUUGGAAAAUGUGCGUUACAGUAUACCUGAAGAAAAGGGCAUCACAUUUGAUGAAUUCAGGUCAUUUUUCCAGUUUCUUAACAACCUAGAAGACUUUGCAAUAGCCCUGAAUAUGUAUAACUUUGCAAGUCGUUCUAUAGGUCAAGAUGAAUUUAAACGUGCCGUCUAUGUAGCUACUGGACUCAAACUUUCACCACAUUUAGUGAACACUGUCUUCAAGAUUUUUGAUGUUGACAAAGAUGAUCAAUUAAGUUACAAAGAAUUUAUUGGAAUUAUGAAAGACAGACUCCAUAGAGGAUUCCGGGGUUAUAAAACUGUCCAGAAGUAUCCAACUUUCAAGUCCUGCCUGAAGAAAGAACUCCAUAGCAGAUAAAUACUCGUAAAGCAAAGUUUAAAGGAUUACUAUCUAUGUGACAAAUGCAAGAAGCAAAAAUUUCAGAGAGUGGAAGCAGGUCUGAGAUCAGAACAUGUAGAAAAUGAAGGAAAAGGUGAAAUGCUAUGAUAUUUAUAUUUUUUUCUUGAACUUAAUUCUUAACAUAAAACAGAUAAAAUAUAUCUUCUUAUUACAAAUGUUAUAUAUAAUCAAGUUGAGCUUUUGCCUUGAUUUACUGAACUUUCUGCACUUUUUCAUUCCCUUCAGAAGUAUAUAGAUACUUCCAAUGACUACAUGAGAAUGUAUGUAAAAUAUUUUUUAUUUAUUUAUUAAUAAUUUGCCUCAUUUCAAAAUAAUUUAUGACUCAUGGAAUAUAGAUCACCUAAAAUGAACGCCACAUUUUUUUCUUUGUUUUUGGACUGUGAACUUAUUUUCAGAGAAUGAAUAUUGCUUAUGACUUAUCUUAGGACCCUUAGCAUUGUUAACAAAUCCUGUUAUUUACCAGGUUUUUAAUUACCUUGAAAUAAUUUUGGAAAACGAAAUUAAGCUACUGUAUAAUGUGAUGGUUUACAUUGUACUUUUAACUUUUAAAAGUACUUAAACAUAUGUUGUUUGACUUGCAUAAAAAGUUUUUUAAAAUUUUUGUUCAUUUACCAAAGUCAACAGAAUGUCUAGUAUUCUUUUAUGUUUGCAGUACAGAAAUUUAAAAGGUAGAUUUUUUUUUUUUACCCCAAAAAACAGUCAUGUGUUGAUGGUAGAAGCAGUGGUAGUUGUUAUAACAGUAGUCACUGUCAUUGUCAUUAUCUUCUUAAACAUAAUGCUGCUCCUGAUUGCAGGUGGUAUAUGUUAAUAGCACUAGUAAAAAUAAUGUCUUAGAGCUCUGUAACUUGUUGCAUAUUGUCAAUAUAUGUAUGUAGCAUCAAAAUGGGUGUUGUAAGAGACUAAUAUAAAAUGGUUUAGAAGACUGAUGUAUAUAUUAGGUAGAAGCUAAUAUUUUGAUUUUUGCAAAAGGACCACAUGCAAAAGUGUUGCCAAACAGCCAGUAAUAAUGAAUAAUUUAAAUAUAAUUUAUUAUUUCAAAAUAAUAUGUCUUAAAAGGGAAAAUAAAAACUUUCUAUUGAAUCACAACAAAGAUUUUCAUGUGGAGAAAUAAUUUAAUAGUACUUAAUAGAAAUCUGUUCAAUUCAGAACAUUUAGUUUAUUCAAGGAUACUAUACAAAAAUAGAAUAAUGAACCUAAAUUAAUAAAUUUGUAUACCGUAUGUGGAAGAUAAGCUCAUUUAUCUUCCUUUCUAAGACAUAUUUAAUGUAAGUUAUAUACACUCCAACUAGUACCUUGCUUUUGCAUAUGAAAAUAGGAAACACUGACUUUGUUUUUAUAAGUUAUUAAAUGUGAAAUUGAUCUGCAUCAACUUAUUUAUAAAAGUAAUUUUAUUUCCAAGAAAAUAUUAUUAGCAUUGAUUUUGUAUUUGUUAGACUUUUUACAUUCUUUAUCUGAUAUUAUUUAUUAUACUAAUUAGAAAUAUAUGAUUCAUAAAUUUAAGGAUCCCAUGUAGUAUAAUAAUUUAAUUUCACCUGCUUUGAAGGUUGACUCGAGUGACUAAAUGAAAAUGCCUCCCCACUCAUUUAACAUGCCCCAGGUCUGUUUUUUUUACCCUGUGAGCUACCUAGAGAAGUAAUCCCAGGUCUGUUUUAUCUUAUACUGACUGUUCUCAACAUUAUUUGGUAUCUAAAAUAAUUGAAAAAAUGUAAUUUUCUUUAAUCCUUAGCUGUAAGUUAUAUUAUCUUACAUACAUGGAAAAUCCUAUAAAUACAGAUUAAAAAUUAAAUUAGCCCAUUAAAAUCCUUUACAAUUCUGUCAUUCUCCCAAGAAAGAACAGCAUACUGCAUACACAAUCUUUAUUCUUUACUGCUUAUCAGAGUGAAUGGGUGAAUAUCUGUUUGAAAGGUUGCAGCAUAAUCUUAAAAUGGGAAUAAAAUAUUCUGAUCAAUUAAAGUGUAAAGGAAAGUAGUAAAUUACAGUGAGUCCCUUCAUAUUAUCACUCUGGAACUUUAUCAUAUAUGAAAUGAGAGGUAAAAAUAGCUCACUAGAUUGUUAUUUACAUCAAUUUAAAAAUUUUUAAAUGCUUUGAAAAUAAUAUCCUAAUUAUUAAUACAUGUAUGCUAUUAUUUUCAGUAUUUCCUUCUACAAACUCUGGAAAGAUUAAGCUAUACGUAAAAUUUUAAUAUCAUACAUUUUACAGAGAGCUUACAUAAUAAACAGUUGAUGGUACUUCUCAGAAUCACUUCAUAAUAAGAAAUUUAUUGAACAUAAGUUUUAAUUUAUUUUUCUUAUAAUUGUAAAGUGACCUGUCUUACAUUCUUACAUCAUCUUAAAAUAAAUAUACCUGCCCAUUAAUCAAGAAACAUUGUACUUUGCUUUUAUGUAUGUCUGUGGACUAAUAAUGUCCUUCAGAAAUGUCACCUCCAAACUUUGGAAAUCUUUAUGGGUUACCAAACUUCCAUCGAUCGUCUGCUCUCUUCUGUGGCAAUACAUGCCAAUGAAAUUUAUCUCAUCAACACCUUUAUAAGUAAGUAAAUCACAUAGAACCAUAAUGCCUCUCAAAGUGCAUCAUAGGAAUUUCUACAUUAUAGAACUGUGGUCAUUGGUACUGGAAAGCUUUUCAGAAAGUUUACAUGUGACUUAAUGGAGUAUCAAUUUUGUUUAAAAUAAUUAGACCAAAACUACAGCAGCCCCUGUUUUACUAAUGAUGGUGAAUUGUAAAUAUUGUCUUCCUAAGACAAGACCUAGAAAUUUAUCAGUUUUCAAAAUACAGUAAUUAUCCUACUUCUUACAGCCAUAUAGUAAAUUAACACUUGUUAAAAGCAUAGUGCUUUUACUUCCAAAGGAUGUAAAAAUAUGAAUUGUAUAA